AAUUGUGUCAGCCGAGCCCCUGCGGCUUGGCCCAGAUAAUACCUGUCAGUGGGUGCUUUAAUACUUGGAAUGGAAUGAAGGAAGCCAUGAGGAUGGCGGGGAAAUUUGUGGACUACCAAAUAUGUACAAUGUACAUAGGUGGAAUUUGAAUAAGAACGUUUUCUAGUCAGAACAGUUGUCCAGGAAGUAUAUCUUAUCUUUAUUGGAGAAUCCAAUGUAUGUUUCCGUGCCUCCUCUGGAACCCCACCCACCUCAAUCCAAUUCGCAUAUGAAAGUGUGCCAGCCAGUGAUAAAAACUUCCACGAAAAUGCCCUGACAAGACCUAUAAAUUGGCUAAAGGCAGCCACGGUCUGCACACUCAUUCCAAAAAUGUCUCCGGCUACAAGUCUAUUUGCUGCACUGCUCCUGCUGGUCGCCACGACUUCCGUUCCUUGUCAAGCCAAGGCGGCACAUGAUUCGCGAAUCAUUGGAGGAGAGUUUGCAGGCCCUGGGCAGUUUCCGCAUCAGGUGUCGCUGCAAUUGAAUGGUCGCCAUCACUGCGGCGGCUCUCUGAUCUCCGACACGAUGAUUGUAACUGCCGCCCACUGCACAAAGGACCAGAACCCUGCCCAGAUGAAGGCCAUCGUGGGAACCAACGAUCUGAGCGCCGGUAAUGGGCAGGCUUUCAGCAUUUCCCAGUUCAUCAUCCAUCCGCAGUACAAUCCGCAGAGCCAGGACUUUGACAUGUCGCUGAUCCGGCUAAGUACCCCCGUGCCAAUUGGCGGUGCUGUCAAAACGAUCCAGCUGGCCGAAGCGGACUCUAACUAUGCCGCCGACACCAUGGCCACCAUCAGCGGCUUUGGGGCAAUCAACCAGAAUCUUCAGUUGCCCAACCGCUUGAAGUACGCCCAGGUGCAGCUCUGGAGUCGCGACUACUGCAACGCCCAGAACAUUCCUGGUCUCACCGAUCGCAUGGUCUGUGCUGGUCAUCCCAGUGGACAAGUCAGCUCCUGCCAGGGUGAUUCCGGCGGCCCGCUCACUGUGAAUGGCAAACUCUUCGGCGUGGUCUCCUGGGGCUUUGGAUGUGGCGCCAAGGGACGCCCGGCCAUGUACACCUAUGUGGGUGCCUUGAGAUCCUGGAUCAAGCAGAACGCAAAUGUGUAAUUGGAAUCGGCAUGGAAGUAAACUGACUACAACUAUAUCAAUAAAUAAGUACAUUU